AUGAGUCUUCAAGUGAGGUCUCAGGAUAGAGAGAAUGAGAUUCAGGGUAUCGAGGAGGAAAUUCAAGAAUUGGAGAAACGAUUAGAAGAAGCGAAAUCCCGGUUAGCAGCCAAUCGAACAUCAUCCGCUCCAUCAUCUAGACAUCCCACUAAAGGGCUUGCUACCAAUAAUGCACCCCUCUCCCCCCAACCCAAUCAUUUUCUCCUUCUUCUCGCCGAUUCCGCCCUUCCACUCGGGUCAUUCGCCUUCAGUAGCGGUCUAGAAUCCUACCUCGCACACACCAAACCCAAAUCAUCAUUCCCGGAUUUCCUAGCCUUUUCACUCUCUUCUUAUUCAUCCACCACUCUCCCUUUCGUACUCGCUGCGCAUCGGAAUCCAAGAGAUCUGAUUGACCUCGAUGAUGCUCAAGAUGCAUCCAUCAUGUGUACCGUAGGAAGACGUGCUUCGAUUGCUCAGGGAAGAGCUUUGCUAUCUAUCUGGGAUCGAUCAUUUUCCGCUGCUCUGUCUUCGGAACUCUCUCCUUCUACCUCCGCCGCUGGAGUUGAUAUUUUGAGGGAGUUCUUCCUACUCCUAAAAUCUGCAUCCUCAGCACCUAAAACCACCUCCUCCGGAGAAUUACCUCCCAUAUCCGCCCAUUUCGCUCCUCUAUUCGGCGCCAUUGCAUCGACUGUAGGAAUCAGUCUAGAGCAGACGGCAUAUGUAUUCAUGUUAGGUCAUGUGAAGGCAUUGCUUUCGGCCGCGGUGAGAGCCAGUAUGUUUGGACCGUAUCAUGCACAGAAGGUUCUGGCGAGUGGAGAGGUGCAGAUGGGGAUCAAAGAUGCUAUUGAGAGGGAAUGGGAUACCAAGGUUGAGGAUGCAGGUCAAAGUGUACCGGUUAUGGAUUUGUGGAUUGGAAGACAUGAGAUGUUGUAUUCGAGGAUUUUCAAUAGUUGA